AUAUUGGGAAAGGAGAUAAUGAGAAUUCGUAAUUUGGUGUACGCCUUAUGUCUUACCUUAAGAAGGGUUGUAUUUUCUAUGGUCAGUCCCAGGUGGUUUGGGGUGUGGGUGGGUCUAGAAAUAAAUUUGUUUGGAGCCCUCCUCUUCCUAGUAAAUAACAAAAAGAAGACCGUGACUAGUGCCUUCAAGUACUAUUUUGUUCAAUCCUUUGGUUCAAGGGUAAUGGUGAUGAGAAUCGUUUUGGGGGGAUGAAUGGGAGAAGAUGCUGUUUUGAGGGGGCUUAUCUGCGGCCUGGGAGUGAAGUUGGGGGCCGUCCCAUUUCAUUUUUGGGUGGUGGAGGUUCUUGAUGGCAUUCGCCCGAGUUGUAUGUGGUUUGUCCUUGCAAUUCAGAAGGUGGUGCCUUUCUGCUCGGUCUGCCAAGGGUUUCAAGGCGGAUGGGUUUUGGUAGCUCUAAGUGGUGCAAGAGCCGUAGUGGGGUCUAUUUCUGGAGUCGGUUCUACCCGCUUGUCCCGAUUCGCUGGGUAUUCCUCCGUGGCCCACACUGGUUGAAGGCUAGCUGCUUGUUUUGGGGGACAGGUAGUUCUGUUAUAUUACCUUUUAGCCUAUUGGGUUUCUUUAGGGGGGUUUUUGAGGUUGAUGGGGGGGGAUGGAUACCUAAGCAGGGUUAGAGGUGGAAGGGUUCGUCAGUCUCCCUUUAGUUUGGGGAUCAGUGUGUGACUUCUUUCCCUUGGAGGAUUUCCUCCCUUUGCUGGGUUUUGUGGAAAAGUUGUUGUUUUGAUGCAUGUGAUAAAGUGGUCUCCGGUUUUGGCAUUCUUCUUGUUAGGAAGGUCGGUGACCAGUUGAACCUACUAUCUGUUUGUCAUGAGCAUAAGAAUUAUUGGGGGGAGAAAGAGCGUGUAUCCUGAAUGAAGUGACCGUUCGGUGGUCUUUGUUUUUUUGCUAGCAAUUCCUUUUCUAGACCUUAUGGAAUUGUUGCUUUAA